GGCCCGGAUGUAGCGUGGCUGUCAUCGUUGGCACUGCUCUGGGCCAACUCUCUUUCCAGCACAAAGCUUCCAUUGGUAAGCACGCCUCGGAGCAAAUUAGAAGGUGAGUUGCGUUCGAUUUUCCUCAAAUUCUUCUCGCCCAACGGCUCAACACCAGCAGCAGCGGCGGCAGCAAACGGGAACAAUACAGCUGUCCGUGGCAAGCGCUCAUCGCACCAUGGCACUUCUACAUUUCAAUCAAAAAACUCAUCGUCGUCGUCUCCCAUCAACCAAGAACCCCAAAGCAGUGGCACGCGGCGGGGAAUGAACAGCACAUUACAAUGUAGUCCGUCGGAACUGCUGUAGAAUUAUUGUGAAGUGAAAGUCACCAAUUUCCGUUUCUCUCUCAUCGCCAUUUUCAGCUCAAGAUGGGGCGCCGUCCAGCGAGAUGCUACCGCUACUGCAAGAACAAGCCGUAUCCGAAGUCGCGCUUCUGUCGCGGUGUGCCGGACCCGAAGAUCCGCAUCUUCGAUCUGGGCCGCAAGAAGGCGUGCGUGGAAGACUUCCCGCUCUGCGUCCAUCUCGUGUCGGACGAGUACGAGCAGCUGAGCUCGGAGGCGCUCGAGGCAGGCCGUAUCUGCUGCAACAAAUACCUGGUGAAGUUCUGCGGCAAGGACCAGUUCCACAUCCGCAUGCGUCUCCAUCCGUUCCACGUGAUUCGCAUCAACAAGAUGUUGUCCUGUGCCGGAGCUGAUCGGCUCCAAACAGGAAUGCGUGGUGCGUUCGGCAAGCCGCAGGGUACGGUCGCGCGCGUCCACAUCGGCCAGCCGAUCAUGUCGGUGCGCUCGAGCGACCGCUUCAAGGCGCAGGUGAUCGAGGCGCUGCGCCGUGCCAAGUUCAAGUUCCCCGGCCGCCAGAAGAUCUUCGUCUCGAAGAAGUGGGGCUUCACCAAGUACGAUCGCGACGUGUACCAGAAGCACAACGACGAGGGCCGACUCGUCCCGGACGGAUGUGGCGUACAGUUCCGCAACGAUCACGGACCGCUGGUCAAGUGGGAGCAGCACCAGCGCAAUCGACUCUCCGCGUAAAAAAAAAACCAAGCCGAAGGUGGUGUUGCCAGGGGGGUUAAAUGAAUGAAUGGUGUGUCUCGCCCGGUUCUCGCGUGCUUUUACAUCGCCCGAGCCGGCACAGGAGGAGGUCUUUAUUAAAGUGAACAGAAUGUACCGGAUACAACAGAAUACAUGCUUUUGAUGAUGAUGAUGGGAGAAA